GUCGAAAACAGUCGUGAGUGUCGACAUUAUCAAAAAAGAAAUUUCUUAAGGUGUUUUUUUAUUCAUUUUUGGUGAAAGCCAUUUUUUUGUGAAUGAUCCGAAAACCACUCGACGCAAAGUUGAAGAAUUAAUACGAAAAUUUCAUCUUAAGAAAGUGUGUGAAUCAGCGUGUGCGAAAAAGAAGGAAGAAUGGCGAUGUUACGAACGGAAGAAGCAUCAAAGCUUUUGGAUUUCUCUCAAAAGCUUGACAUUUCUUUACUGGAGAAUAUCGUUGGAUGUUUGUACAACAGUCAGGGUGAGCAGUUGCGUUUGGCUCAAGAAAUUCUGACGACUUUGAAAGAGCAUCCGGAUGCAUGGACGAGAGUUGAUACAAUAUUGGAGUUCAGUCAGAAUCAACAAACAAAGUAUUACGCAUUGCAGAUCCUCGAAGAGGUCAUCAAGACACGCUGGAAAGUUUUGCCUCGCAAUCAAUGCGAGGGAAUUAAAAAAUAUGUCGUGGGACUUAUUAUCAAGACAUCAUCCGAUCAGAAGACAAUGGAAGCUAACAAGGUUUAUCUGAACAAGCUUAACAUCAUCCUCGUUCAAAUUUUAAAGCGUGAAUGGCCGAAAAAUUGGGAAUCUUUUAUUGGAGAUAUCGUGGGGGCGUCAAAAACAAAUGAGACGUUAUGUCAGAACAACAUGAUCAUCCUUAAGCUUUUAAGUGAGGAAGUUUUUGAUUUUUCCAGUGGACAAAUCACGCAAACGAAAGCAAAACAUCUCAAGGAUACCAUGUGCUCGGAAUUUUCUCAAGUCUUUCAACUUUGCUCUUUCGUAUUGGAAAAUUCAUUAAAUGCACCACUCAUCAAUGCCACACUCGAAACGCUUCUGAAAUUUCUGAAUUGGAUUCCUCUCGGUUAUAUUUUUGAAACGAAGCUCAUCAAUAUGUUGGUUGGAAAGUUUCUGGUGAUUCCGAUGUUUCGUAAUGUUACGUUAAAAUGUUUAUCUGAAAUUGCUGGUCUUCAACUUCAAUCCUACGAUCAUAUUUUUGUUCAACUCUUCGUUCAAACGAUGCAACAAUUUGAUCAAAUGAUUCCAGCAAACACAAACAUGAAUCAAAUCUAUGCAAAUGGUAAUGAUGAAGAGCAGUGCUUUGUGCAGAAUUUGGCAAUGUUUUUGUGUACAUUCUUGAGGGUUCAUGCAACAUUGGUGGAGAAGCGUGAAACAGCUGAAGCUGUCAAUAAAGCUUUGACAUAUUUGGUGAUGAUCAGUGAAGUUGAGGAUGUGGAAUUGUUUAAGAUUUGUCUCGAAUAUUGGAAUUGUCUGACAGCUGAUCUUUACAAAGAAAGUCCAUAUGGAUCGACUGGUACACGACGUCAAUUUUAUUCAAAUAUUCUUUCGAAAGUUCGUCACAUUAUGAUUUCACGAAUGGCAAAGCCUGAAGAAGUUUUAGUCGUUGAGAAUGAGAACGGUGAAGUUGUUAGAGAAUUUAUGAAAGAUACAAACAGCAUCAACUUGUACAAGAAUAUGCGUGAAACUCUUGUUUACUUGACACAUUUGGAUUACUUUGAUACAGAACGAAUCAUGACAGAAAAGCUUAAUAAUCAAGUGAAUGGAAGUGAAUUUUCAUGGAAGAAUUUGAACACACUCUGUUGGGCUGUAGGAUCAAUUUCUGGUGCAUUCUAUGAAGAUGAUGAGAAGCGCUUUUUGGUGACUGUCAUUAAAGAUCUGUUGGGUUUAUGUGAACAAAAGAAGGGUAAAGAUAAUAAAGCCAUCAUUGCCAGUAACAUAAUGUAUGUUGUUGGUCAAUAUCCACGAUUCCUACGAGCUCAUUGGAAGUUUCUUAAAACCGUUGUCAAUAAACUCUUCGAAUUCAUGCACGAAACACAUGACGGUGUUCAAGACAUGGCAUGCGAUACAUUCAUAAAGAUUGCAAUGAAAUGUAAACGUCAUUUUGUGACAUUGCAAACAAAUGAAGCUUGCACGUUUAUCGAAGAGAUUCUCGCCACAAUGAGCUCAAUCAUUUGUGAUUUGCAACCUCAACAAGUGCACACAUUCUACGAAGCUGUUGGAUACAUGAUAAGCGCUCAAGUGGACCAAGUCGCUCAAGACGCAUUAAUUGAAAAAUAUAUGCUGCUUCCAAAUCAAGUUUGGGAUGAAAUCAUUUCACAAGCAACGAAAAAUGUUGAUAUAUUGAAGGAUAUGGCAGCAGUUAAGCAACUUGGAAGCAUCUUAAAAACAAAUGUGAGAGCUUGUAAAGCACUUGGCCAUAGUUUUGUGACACAACUUGGCCGCAUCUACCUCGACAUGCUCAAUGUUUAUAAGAUUAUGUCCGAAAAUAUAUCGCAAGCGAUAGCAUUAAAUGGAAUUGCCAUCAACAAUCAGCCAUUGAUCAAAGCUAUGCAUGUGGUGAAGAAGGAAACAUUGACAUUGAUAAGUGAAUGGAUUGUGAAGUCAAAUGAUGCCCAAAUGGUCAUGGAGAAUUUUAUUCCACAUCUUCUCGAUGCUGUUCUGCUUGAUUAUCAACGAACAUCUGUGGCAUCAGCACGUGAGCCAUGUGUGCUUAGCACGAUGGCUGCAAUCGUGAAUAAAUUGGAAGGCGUCAUAACCACGGAAGUGCCAAAGAUCUUUGAUGCUGUUUUCGAGUGUACACUUGAGAUGAUCAAUAAGAAUUUCGAAGAUUACCCGCAACAUCGAACGAACUUUUACGAGCUUCUUCAAGCAGUUAAUCUGCAUUGCUUUAAGGCAUUCUUAAAUAUUCCACCCGCUCAAUUCAAGUUAGUCUUUGACUCGAUAGUCUGGGCAUUUAAACAUACCAUGCGUAAUGUCGCUGACACAGGGCUCGCAAUUCUAUUGCAAAUGUUACAGAAUCUUGAACAACAUCCGCAAGCUGCUCAAAGCUUUUAUCAAACAUAUUUCACAGAUAUCCUCAUGCAAAUCUUCAGCGUUGUCACAGACACAUCGCAUACAGCAAGCCUUCAAAUGCACGCUCAAAUUCUCGCCUACAUGUUCACAUUAGUCGAAGCAAAUCAAAUUACUGUGAACUUGGGACAGAUUCCAAAUAAUGUUGUCUUCAUUCAAGAAUAUGUUGCAUCACUGUUGAAAUCAGCUUUUGGACAUUUGAAUGAUAAUCAAAUCAAAGUUUUUGUCACGGGCUUAUUUAAUCUUGAUCACGAUGUGACGGCAUUUAAGGAACAUUUAAGAGAUUUCAUCAUUCAGAUAAGAGAAGUGACUGGUGAUGAUGAUUCUGAUUUGUAUUUGGAAGAACGUGAACAAGAAUUAAAACAAGCUCAAGAAGAGAAACGUCGUCAUCAAUUGACUGUUCCGGGAAUGUUGAAUCCACACGAGAUGCCCGAAGAUAUGCAAGACGAAUAAUUGUCGAUGUCCAAUUUCUCAUGUUAAACUAUUGGUAAAAUUCAGUAUCAUAUUUGAAGAAACAAGAAGAAAGAAAGAAAAAAAAAUGAUGGAAAAGAAAUUUUAUAACAAACAAAGCAGAAGUUUAAAAUAAUAUUUGUGUGAAGAUAGUUAAGUUAAAUCACAAUUUCUUCUUUUUCCAUUUGUUUUCAUUAGUUUUUUUUUUUUGGUAAACACGAGUAAGUUGUGAGUGAAAUGAAUGAAAUGCGCGAAUCUUGAACUUUUCUCCUUUUUUAUUAUUUCAAAUGAAGAAACUCACAGCUUUUUAAUUUCGAAUUAUUAAUUAUUGAAUUACUCUCUUUUUCUUACCCUUUGAAAUUUUCACACAAUAAUAUGAAAAGAAAUGAAAAGACUUUUAAAUCCUUAAAAGAAAACUCACGUUAAGUUCUGAGUUUUAGUUUUGUUGAGAAUUUCAUCUAAAACUUUAAUAAUUUUUUUCUCUUCUUUUACAUAAUAAAAAAUAUUUUUGUGAAUGAGACCAGAAAUAUGUUUGAUUGACUAUUAAAUACAUUGUAAGAUGAAAGAGUUGAAAUAAACUCACGUAUGUAUGAAUGUUUGAUAUAUGAUAAUAAAUUCUUGUUUCCUCAAUCAUACAACACCAAAAUCCUUACUUAGCAUCUUUUUUUUUUGUCAUUAAAUUCACAUUUAAAUAUCAAAAUUCUUCAUUCAGGCAUAUCUAAAUAACUAAUCCUCAAGAAAUAAAAGAAAAACUGAUUUCAUUUUUGUUUACAUUGUUAGUUAAUUCUUCAGUUAUAAAUGAAUAAAUGGAAAUUGAUUGGAAAUCUAAAAAGGCAAAAGAAAAACUUUUCUGAAGAGAAAAAAUAUUUUUUGUAAACUUUUUGAAACAUUGAAUAGAAAUUUUCAAUUCAGAUCGGUAAACGAUUUGAAAUAACUUGUUGAAAAGUCUUAAGAAUCGAGAAUUACAAUUUUUCUGCGUUGUUGAGGACACAAAACUACCUUUUCAAUUUUUUUAAGUCUAUCACUAGUAAUUGUAAGAUUUUUUUUGUUUUAUAAAUUUUAAUUAUUUAGAAGAUGAAAAUAAAGAUACAAAAAGAAAU